AUGGAGAUCGUGAGGGACAACGACAUCGUGAUGUCAGUCAUGGGUGACAGUGGCGGCGAUGUCUUUGUUGAACCCAAAGGCGGACCCAACGGCUCGUCCUCUUCGACGGCGACACCGAAACCGAAGCCUAAAAUCGGUCCCAAAAGCAAAGUGAAGAGACCGGAAGAGUGGGUAGAAGUGCGACAUAAACCGCGAAUCGGACCCAAAAGUAAAGUCCAGAAAACUGAAGACUCGGAUGGUUUGCCACAAAAGCCGCCAAAACCUAAAAUCGGUCCCAAAAGCAAAGUGAAGAGAAGUGAUGAAGAUUUGGGUGUUUUGCCGAAACGGCCUAAAAUUGGACCCAAAAGUAAAGUGAAGAGAACUGAAGAUUCGGAUGAUAUGUCGCGAAAGUCAUCCAUUGAUUCCGAUUCGGACGUCGAGAUAGUGUCCGCGAGAAGUGACAUCAAACCGAAGAUCAGACACAACGAUAACUCGUCCACAUCUCAGAGGAGUGACCGCAAAGUCAGUGAUACUCCGGUUCGCAUUAAGACUGACAAGAACACCGAAGACCGGACGCCCAAAACGAGACCCAAAGUCAAAGUCCAAAGUCAAAGUAAAAUUGAACCCAAAGUUGAGCCCAAAUCUAAACCUAAAGUGAGGCCUAAAAUAGAGCCCAAACCUCAUCCCAUAAUCGAUGUUCGGGAUGAAGAAGUAAAGUCCAAAUCACUCGACGACGAGAUUGAGAUGAAUUCGAUGCGAAACAUACCGCACAGGAAGGCAUUCAAAGAGGCGUCCACUUCGAUCAAACAGAAGCCACAACCCAUGUAUAGAGUGGUGCCGUCGAGUACCCCAACCAAUCCAACAACCAGUGGAUCGCAACCCAAACGCAAACCCAAACCCAAGAGAGAGGCCACAGAACCGGUCGACACGUUCUCGCCUAUCAUUGUAUUGGACCGCAUUAUUGUCGACAAACACUUCAACACCACUCCCACAGAAGCAAAGGAACAGUUGUUUUCAUUGUCUCCUCUCAAACAAAGCGCUCGAAAGACAUUUAGUAACAAAAGUCAGAAGAGAGACAACACAACGACGGCGACGACCAGUGGUUCCAAUGGGAAGACAGUGAGUGACACGAAAGUGAAUGGAAUUAGUGAUAGUCUGGAGGAGAAGAUCGAGAAACCAAAGUCUCCCACCAUAUCAUUCGAUGAGUUGGAACCGUUGACAGUGAUCCCCAGCGUUGGGGAUUUGAUAGCCUUCAAGAUGUUAACGCUAUCGAGUGAUGGCCUCAAUAUGGAGGCCUCGCCCUUCAAUGUGGGAUCAGUUGUUUGCGCCGAUUCUGACUCUCAAAUGGUGGACAUUCUGCUCAAGAAUUCGCUUCAAAGAAUCAAUUAUUGGGCGAACGACUAUAGUCGCGAAGACACGUCAACCGAUAUAAUCUCAUUGAAAAUCAAUUGGACCACAGUUUUAGAGCCAAAACUCAUCCAAACGGCUAUUCAUUAG